AUGGGGCAUGAAUGGGUUUGGUUGGAUUCUGAACAAGACUAUCCCAAUGACUCUGAGUUGAGCAACGACUGCAGGUCCCUCUUCAGCUCAUGGGAUUCCAGUCUGGAUCUUGAUGUGGGCAGCUGGAGGGAAACUGAGGAGCCAGGGGCUGAGGAACUAGAGGAAAGCAGCCCAGGGAGAGAACCUAGUGAGCUGCUUGUGGGGGACGGAGGCAGUGAGGAGUCUCAGGAAGAGGCAGAGCAAGUCAGCCGCCAGAACCUCCUCCACUUUCUCUCUGAGGUAGCUUAUUUAAUGGAACCAUUGUGCAUUAGCAGCAAAGAAUCACGUGAAGGCUGCUGCCCUCCAUCUGGCACCAGACAGCAAGAGGCGAGGGAGUUUGAAGCUGCUGAAAGAGAAGGGGAGCCCUGUAGAGAGUCUAAGGAGCUUUCAGCCAAGGCAGAGCCUUUGGUAGCAGAAAAGUCAUCACUGGGAGAAAAUGAAAGGCCAGAGGUGGCUUCAGGCUCCUCAGAUAGUUGGGCACUUCAGGAACACCCCACAGAGAGUGAAGAGGGAGAUGUUCAGCAAGAAUCCAAAGAGGAGGAUCAGGGUGAAGGGUAUGUGUCAGAGAUGGAAGACCAGCAUUCUUUAGGUGACUGUGAUGAUGGCUUCAGCAUCCAGGAGACUCCUCUGGUGGAUAUGCUUUUCAGCCAUGCCACCUCCUCAAAGCUGUCUGAUCUAGGCCAUGGUGACCCUGUUCAGGAUCACCUGCUAUUUAAGAAGACUCUCCUGCCAGUCUGGAAGAUGAUUGCCAGUCACAGGUUCAGCAGUCCAUUUCUGAAGCCUGUGUCAGAAAGGCAGGCCCCAGGAUAUAAAGAUGUGGUGAAAAGACCCAUGGACUUGACUAGCCUGAAAAGGAAUCUGUCUAAGGGACGGAUUCGCACCAUGGCUCAGUUCCAGCGGGACCUGAUGCUGAUGUUCCACAAUGCUGUGAUGUACAAUGACUCUGAUCACCAUGUGUACCAUAUGGCUGUGGAGAUGCAGCGGGAAGUCUUGGAGCAGAUUCAGGUGCUGAGUAUUUGGUUAGACCAAAGAAGAGACUUAAAUAGUCUGGAAUGAGAACCAACCAACUCUGUGGAUGAUGGAAAACCUACUUUGUUAACUUGGAGUUGCUACCUUGAACUUUUCUGCCUUUUGGACCUCUGAUUGAGACUCGGACCUAGAGAAGAUCUCAGUACUAGUUUACCACUUCACUGUUGUCUUUUCUAAUAAGCAUAAUGCAUUAACUCACAACCAAAGAGUCAAAGGUGCCUGUGUACAUAAUAUAAGGAAAACAGGGAAAGCUGAGAUUUGGGGUUAUGCCAUAAAUGUUGCCCAUAUCUUUGUUCUAAAGGCUUAAUUUAGAGGUAAAUAGAUUAAGCCUUUUAUUACUGCUCUUUAAAUAAAUGUUAUUCGCAAGCCAAAGAUUGCUUUUUAAUGAUUAUAGAAGUUGAGAAUAGAGGGGAUAGCACGAUCUGGUGAAAUAGGGAAGGUGUUUGAUAGGGGUUUUCUUACAUACGCUAUCCAAAAGCGGCUGGGGUAAGGUGAAG